AUGUCAAGGCUGGCCAGCGGCGCCGCGCCAAGGCGCCCAAAGUCCGCACUGGCUGCCGUACUUGCAAUCCGCCGCGUCAAGUGCGACGAGGAUCGCCCGGCCUGCCAGAGAUGCACAUCUACCGGCCGCACAUGCGAUGGCUACGGCCCCGUAAUCGCCGCCACCCCGUCGCCACCGGCCACCCUCUCUCACGCCAAGUACUCGGGCCGGGAAUGGCGGUCAUUUCAAUACUUUCAUGAAAAAACGCUCAAGCAGCUGUGCACAUUCUUUCCUGACGACUUUUGGUCCUCGUACGUGCUCAAGAUUGCCAAUACUGAGACAAGCAUAUGGCACUCUCUCAUUGCGCUCUCGUCGUACCACGAGCUCUUUUCCGAGCAGCGCAUGCCGCGCCAGCAGGUGGAAGAUGACUUUGCGCUGCAUCAAUACAACUCUUCCAUCCAGCAAGUCUUGAGCAUGGAAAAAAGCUCCCAAAGCGCCCAUAUACAGCUUGCGUCUUGUAUACUGUUCAUAUGCGUCGAGACGCUUCGCGGACAAAUUGUCCAAGUCGUCAGACUCGUAACCUUGGGCUAUCGAAUAUUGCAAGCAGAAGAUGCCCUGGAUAAAACGUUUCGUCCGCCGGCACCGGACGCAUCAGACAGACGAAAGCUCUUUGCUCUUGCCCGCAACUUUCUGAGUCAAGUUGUCUGCCAAAUAUACAUUCUUAUAAAUGACCUUGAUCCUGAUGUCAAUGCCAUCGCCGCCAACAUCAUUGAGAGCGGCCAUGGACCCGGCCCUCGCGGGUACCGCUUCAACACAACCACCGACGCGCAGUCCGUUUUCAGCAGUAUUCGGCUACAUUUUGACAAGUACGAAGAAGGAGCCAUCGAGGUUGCGCGUUUCAAUCUAGCCGCAUGGACUCUAGCCUUUGACGCCUUCAAACGCACCAUGCCCGACCACCUCGUCACGCCUUCCGAGCGCCGCACCAUUGCGCUUCUCGAGCUGCGCCGGCUGUACUUUGCCGCCGAGCUCUCUGUGAACAUUGUCCGCGGGCCCGUUGACCCCAUGCUAUGGGAUGCCCACCGCGAGACCUUUGUCAAGAUUCUGGCCCUUGCGGAUAUUGCCCUGGCGCGCGACGAAGACGACGAGGGCAGUGAAAGCCAGCCUCACUUUCAUAUGAACACGGGCCCCGUGCCUGUCUUGUAUGGAUUGGUGCAGAAAUGCCGCGAUCUGGACCUUCGGAUGCGCGCCAUCCAGCUUCUCGCAUCGCAGAACCGCCAAGAAGGCAUCUGGAGCAGCAGGGUGGUUCUGGGUACUGUCCUGCGUCUCGUAGCACUUGAACAACAAGGGCUGGUGAAUCCCACGACAUGUGCCGAUAUCCCUCGAGAGAACAGAGUCAUUACUAUCAAAGUCGUCGAAAAGAGUCCUGGUGACUACACGGUGGGAUUCGAGCUGCAGACCGGGUGGCACUGGGAAAAGGCGAGCACAUUCUUAUCAUGA